AUGAAUGACCCUUCUCAGGGGCAAUUUGAUGGAUUUGAAUCUACUAUAAAGAGGAUAUCGCCGCAACGAUCUCGCAACCCUCACCUCACCGGUGACCCCCGUCUACAGUCCUCAACAAAUGGACCUACACCGAAGAUCUAUCGCCCAUACCCCGAUUAUGAGAGUAAAGAUUGGAAGAGGAGUCAUCGUGGCUCUUUCAAACCGUGCAUCGGACCCCGAGGCAAAGAAAUCGCAGACAAUUUGGACGACCAAGUAAGCGCCUACGUCGGCGUUCCCAAAGGUUUCCCGCCUACGAUUUAUGGUUCCCACAAGGCAGUUGGCCUCGAUGAGUCGUUGUCAUUUGAUCGCUAUACUCGAUAUGGCGCUUACGGCUUCGGCGAAGAUGAAAAGAAUGUCGAAAACUGGAUUCGACCUACAAAAGUUGAUUGGAAUAAUGUCGAUUGGGGAAAGCUUCAGAAGCAAUGCGCCGCCGAUAAUGCCGACCGAUUCGACGCCCAGUCGCAGGGGCCGAACACCCAGAUCGCCCCGGAGGCACGUACGGCCGUUCUCAUUCGCUCUUACACUGGAAAGGAGUACUCGGACAAUGAUAUCAUUAACAUCCGAGCGAUGGUCGCUGAGCUUUCUCUCCAGUCAGGAGGAGAGUAUGAGGUUGUAUUGUUGACACACGUCAAGGAUGAUAGUAUACGGCUGGAUGAUCCUCUCGUGUGGGAUAGACUUUUGCAGGAGCACAUUCCUCGGGAGUUCUGGAGGAUGACUCAAUUCUGGAAUAUGCCUCAAGAGGUAGCACAUUAUCCUCAGCUCGACCCCGAACUUAUGGAUGUUCAUCAUUCGCAAUGGCUCUCAGUGCAACAAUUCGCGAUCCAGAACCCUCAAUUUGAAUAUAUCUGGAACUGGGAAAUCGACACCCGCUUCACAGGUCACUACUAUGAAUUCGCCGACAGGAUUGCAAACUUCGGCUCGCGACAGCCACGUCGAGGAAUCUGGGAGCGCAGUGAACGAUUCUACAUCCCAGAUUAUCAUGGCGAUUACGACACCCGAUUCCGAUCAUUUGUCAAUGCCCAGGGUGGACUCGGCGUUUGGGGCCCAAUGCCCAUGAGGUUAGAUAGCGACAAGCAGAUCGAACGCCAAGGCCCCACACCACCCGUCCCAGCGCCCGCCCAAGACCCCUAUCAAUGGGGUGUGGGCGAGGAAGCAGACCUGAUGGUUUUCUUGCCUAUGUUCAAUCCAAUCAACACGGAAUGGGUCAUCCGAAACGAGGUCUUCGGGUAUAUCGGAGAUACCACUCCCCGAAGAGCUUCUUUGAUCACCCACAGCCGCCUUUCAAGACGACUAUUGUUAGCCAUGGACAGUGAGAAUCGUGAAGGUCGCCACAUGAGCGCUGAAAUGUUUCACGUAUCAAGUGCCCUCAUCCACGGAUUCAAGGGUGUCUCGGUUCCUCACCCGGUCUAUUCAGAUCGGUUGAUGCCAAGCGACCGUGUCAGUCGCUGGUUCAAUUCGGGUGUUAACGGUCGGAGCGGGAGUACGACGGACAGUCCAUUUUCCUGGGGUCGAGAGUCUCGUUUCAAGGAUGUUUCUUGGUAUUACCGCGCUAACCUGCCCGGGCGACUCUACUGGAACUUUUUGGGUUGGGAGAAGGAAGGAAAGGGUGGACCACAGUAUGAGGCUGAACACGGUCGUUAUUGCUUACCUUCCAUUCUUUUCCAUCCCGUUAAAGAUGUUCGACCCGAGGCCGAUAGUACUCAUUAUGAAUUUGAUGCCGACAACGGAUCAGUCGCUACACCGGACCAACUUGCGCAUAUCAACGAGCAAGGGAAAUAA